ACAGUGUACAGCUACAUGAUAAGGGAAUAACGUUUAGUGCAACAUGUCUUUGGAAGAAUGUAAUAUCCCCAUUGGAAUUUUAUCAGAAGUUUGGAUUUGUUGCAAAAGAUCUUUUUUUGGAAAACGUGCAAUACUUUUCAGAGGGGUGAGCCAUUCUAAUUCUGAGGCAUUCACCCCAUUGCAGUAUCUUGGCAGAGGGAAAGAGGUUGAACUUGCUUUGUCAGUGGUUGCCACUGAGCAGCUGUUUCCAACCUGGCACAACAUUGUGAUCCUUUUUAUGCUUACAUUCAGAACUAUUCCUAUGAAAAUGACACCGAGCUCAUCCUCACACUGUGAAGUAUUGUCAUCAAAAACACACACAAGAGAGGCUGGUUCAAAUACAGCUUAGAAAAGUUUGCUUACAAGGGAAACUCGGCCUUUACAAAGAGAUUUGUCAAGUUCAGCUAAAUUUGCUAACGCAUCAUUGAAUUCCAAAUGACAUUCUCUCUCUGGAACCAAUGAAUAGUUUGCUAGAUUGUUCUCCAAAUUUUUACUUUAUUUUUGGACUGUGUACGGCUGCAGGGUGGAUUUAUUCUGAGUGCCUGGUAUUGGUGUCAUCUUCUCAUCCAGAUAAAUGAAGAAAGGUUAACAGAUUGUGGGGAGAAGCUGCCAUCGGGUGCUAGGUAACGACACUGGACUGAUAAAGGCUGAAGGAUGAUGCAGCCCCUGGUUCUGCACGGAGGGCUGCUGCUGGCGCUGCCUCUGUGCCUGACUCUGGACUUUGACUGGACAAAAGACCAUGGCGGAUCCUUCUACUAUGGGACUUUCCCUGCUGGUUUCUCCUGGGGUGUGGGCAGUUCGGCCUACCAGACAGAAGGAGCUUGGAAUCAAGAUGGGAAAGGUCUCAGUAUCUGGGAUGUUUUCACGCAUAAGAAAGGAAAAGUAUUCCUGAAUGAAACAGGGGACUCAUCCUGUGAAAGCUAUUAUAAAUUCAAGGAGGACAUUGCCUUGUUGAAGGAGUUAAAAGUCAAUCAUUAUCGCUUUUCUAUAUCCUGGCCUCGAAUCAUACCAACGGGGAUAAAAGCCGAGCAAGUGAAUGGCAAAGGAAUCGACUAUUAUAAUGAACUGAUAAACACCCUACAGGAGAGCCAAAUUCUGCCCAUAGUGACCCUGUACCACUGGGAUCUUCCACAGGUCCUCCAAAAUAAAUAUGGUGGCUGGCAGAACAGUAGUAUGAUUAACUUCUUCAAUGAUUAUGCCAACCUGUGUUUUGAGAAGUUUGGUGACCGAGUGAAACAUUGGAUUACUUUCAACAAUCCUUGGUCCAUAGCUGUCGAAGGAUACGAGGUUGGACAGCAUGCCCCAGGGUUAAAGCUUAAUGGAAUAGGAGGUUACAGGGCAGCACAUAACAUUAUAAGGGCCCACGCGACAGCUUGGCACACGUACGAUAGACUCUGGCGCAGUCGCCAAAAAGGCAUGGUGGGUAUUUCCAUCACAAGUGAGUGGGGAGAUCCAGUUGACAUUACAAGCCAGAAGGAUAUUGAGGCUGCUGAGCGAUACAUCCAAUUUAAUCUUGGCUGGUUUGCCAACCCUAUUUUCAAUGGCGACUACCCUCAAGUUAUGAAAGACUGUAUUGGGAGAAAAAGUUCACAGCAAGGCCUGGGCAACUCAAGACUACCUGCCUUCACUCCACAGGAGAAACACUUCAUCAAAGGCACGGCAGACUUUUUUGGACUGGGUCACUUCACGACCCGUUACAUCACCCACAAGAAUUACCAUUACAGCAAGGGACCAAAUUAUCACACUGAUCGUGAUUUAGUGGAACUCGUCGACCCACAGUGGCCAGACCCAGGAUCUGAAUGGCUUUACUCAGUACCCUGGGGUUUCAGAAGGAUCCUGAAUUUUAUUAAGAGUCGAUAUGGUAACCCUAGGAUCUAUGUGACAGAAAAUGGAGUGUCGGAGAAAUGGCAGUGUACUGAGUUGUGUGAUAAGUGGCGAAUACAGUACAUGAAUAAUUAUGUUAAUGAGAUUCUUAAAGCUGUGAAAGAUGGUGCUCAAGUGAAGGGUUACACAUCCUGGUCACUGCUGGAUAAUUUUGAAUGGGAUGAAGGGUAUUCAGAAAGAUUUGGCCUUUACUACAUUGAUUUUAAAACCAAACACAAGAGAAGGUAUCCCAAGGCUUCAGUUCAAUAUUACAGGAAGAUGAUCAGCUCUAAUGGAUUUCCCAACCAGAGAGAAAUUGAAAACUGGCUGCGUAAGGCCGCUGAGACAUGCUCAACCACCAAUGCACUGCUUGCUGCAGCUGGAAGAACAGACGGAACAAAUGAGAAGCAGGCACAUUUGCCAACAGUUUGGCCAGUGCAUGAUGAAGUUUAGAUCCUCUCAUCAAUCAUAUGGAGAUGGUGACUGAGAUUGUAGUUCCAACCGUGUGCACCCUAUGUAUACUUCUGAGUGCUAUUUUACUGAUGUUCCUACUUCGGAGAAAAUGAGAAACGAAGAUUGUUGUUGCGGUAUACAAGAACAAACAUGGAUGGCUAACCAUCUUCUACUUCUUCAGCAAGUUUGUUGAAAUAGAAAAAAGUUAACAAAAAAUGAUUUGAUACUUCAUUAGUAUCAAGUCCAAAGAUACUACUUGUUUUAUUUCCAGUGAAUGAGAUAGUAAAUCUUGGGAUAGUAAAACUGUUUUUGAAACAAAACUAUCAUCCAAACCUGCAGUUAAUAUUCCAUGACUGAGGUAACAACAGGAUAACUGGAUUUUUAUUCCAAUUGUUCCUUCCCUACUGGGCACCGUGUGCUAUGCAAACCCAUAUUAACAAUGAUUCAGUACAGAUAAAAGAUAAUAAAUACUACAAAUACUAUGUCUCUUCUUAAAAAUUCAGACCCAGUUCCUGCAGAAGAACAAUUUUGACUUUGGCAACCAAUGUUAAAAGUUGCAAGAUGCAAUGUUCAAUAAAGUAUAGUGAAAACAAUAUUACUGUGUGCUAAUGAAAAGUGCCACGUUGAAUAAAUCAGCCAGUUCUUCAGUGUGUCAUAAUGAAGACCAUAACAACUUGGUCUAGAUUUAAAUAUAGUAAAAAAUGAGUCAAAAGGUAAGUUGAACAUAUGAUUUUUACACGUGAAUCACUAACCAUAGACACACAAUUCCCCUGUCCAUAUAACAUAUACUCAAUGGUAUAUUAUCAAUUGAUCUUUUGUAAAGUAUUGCUGACAAAACAUAACAGUUGUCAAGGGGUUUGUCCAAAUAACAUUUCCACUGAAAGAUGGAAUCUUAAAGCUAUUAUUCUAAACUUGUAAAAUGGGCAUCAAAACCAAUUCUACGGUAUUUUUAAUUCUACUACACAAAAUUAAAAGCUCAGUCGGGUUCAGGAGUUCAUAUUAAGUUUUGUCACUCAUAAUCCCAAACUAGAGGGCAUUGGUUAAAGAUAUAAUAGGAACCCGAGAAGCAACUCUUUCCACAUAGUGGGUGCAACAUAUAUGGUAUAAGCGACCUAAUGAAGUAGUUGAGACACAUACGAUAUCAAGACAUUUGGACAGGUAAAUGAAUAAGAGGUUUAGAGAGAUAUGGGCCAAACACAGGCAACUAGAACAAGCUUAGAUGGGGCACCCUAGUCCGCAUGGAUGGGUUGGGCCAUAGGGCCUCUUUGCAUGCUGUGCAACUCUAUAAUACAUUUGAAAUUAUCUAUUUGUGUACCAGUUAUUCAUCUUUAUGAAAUCAUAUUCAGUAAUUGUGGCAAUUUAGUAAACUGCGUUCUAACAGUAGGAUGACCUGAACAGUUAAUUUUGUUUAUUUUCUACCAAAUGCUGCCCGCUGAGUAUCUCCAGCAUUUUUGAUUUGAUUUUAGAUUUGCAUCAUCUUUAAUGUUUUGCUCUUCUAGCCACAUACAUUAUCCUGGUUGCUAGGUAGUACUGGAGAAAAUCUUGAGGGGAUAAUGUUCAAGCUGCAGCAAGUGCCUGUAGUAGAAUGAUUAACACUCCAUGCGGAAUAAAAAGGUACAAUGUUUGGAAAAAAAUUAUGCUGUUAGAUUUACCUUUUUCCUACAAUGAUUUAGCUGAAAUGUGCUUGACUGCAGUUAAUCACUGUAUUGUAAUAAAAUGCUUCCUCACAA